CAAGGCUAUAGCAAGAAGGUCUUUUUCCACGGAGGGAAUCUUGCGAGCGCUGGGAUCUCUGAAGCUUCGUAAAGGCAGAAGGAACAACGGCUCGAAGUUAUUAGGCGUUUCUGCGGAAUUUCAACAACCAACAAUUCUUGGGAUCUCUGCCCAACCCGGUCCCAGCGGGGAGAAUCAAGGAACCCUCCUUAGAGCACGGAUCUCCAACAAGCAUCUUUACUGAAAAUUGCAGUGAAGCAGUUUCCCACAAACACGUUCUCUAGCUAUAGAUUCCUUUCCAGUGUCUCACCAAUGAAAUUCUGAAGAAAACUCUACCCAGCAUGUUUGAAGAUCGGUGAUAGAAUGGAAGUCCUCCGUCGUUCUUCUGUCUUUGCUGCAGAGGUGAUGGAAGUGUUUGACCGGACUCCCACUGACAAGGAGCUUGUAUCUCAAGCCAAGGCGCUUUGCAGAGACUACAUUAACUCCAGGCUCAUUCGGGCUGGUAUUGGCUGGAAUAAGCCUGAGCAUAGCUCCCCUGUUCCAGUUGGCAAGUUAGCAGAAGUGUCCAGCAUACUUUUAAGGUUGGGAGAUGAACUGGAGUAUAUCAGACCCAAUCUUUAUCGAAACAUAGCACGGCAACUAAACAUCUCUCUCCAUUCAGAAACUGUGGUGACGGAUGCAUUCUUGGCUGUGGCCACUCAAAUCUUUUCAUCAGGAAUAACAUGGGGUAAAAUUGCAUCUCUAUACGCCGUGGCAGCAGGCCUUGCUGUGGACUGUGUGAGACAUGCCCAGCCAGCCAUGGUCCAUACCAUUGUGGACUGUUUGGGAGAGUUCGUACGCAAGACUUUGGUGACAUGGAUGAAGAGGAGAGGAGGCUGGGCAGACAUAACAAAGUGUGUCGUGAAUACUGAUCCCAACCUUCGCUCCCAUUGGCUUGUGGCUGCCAUUUGUAAUUUUGGCCAAUUUUUGAAGGCCAUCUUUUUUGUGCUGUUGCCAGAAAGAUGAUAUCUGGUUAUCAAAAAAAGUUCCAUUUUCUUCUCGGUGACCAAGAGACACAAGUGAAGAAGUAAUUAGAUGACUUUCCUCCACGCUUUUCCAAUGAUGGGAAGCCUUUUUUUCAGUUCAUGUCUUAUACCAAGCAUCUUUUGUACUUUGAGAUUUGCACUGAUCUGUUCACAAGGCUGAGCAAUGGAAGAACUUGCCACUCAGUUUAUUGUUUAUAGAUUGUGUCACAUCUUGAUGUACUAAGAACAAGGAAGCUGAUCUGGAGUUGUGCAAAGAGGAAAACUAUCUUAAACUUUUUGUAUUUUGCAGUUGUGAUUUUUACAGUGUUAUUCAUUCUGGAAUUCUAAAUUCUUGGUUGAUGAUUGCUAAAUAAAGAAGGGAGGGGUUUCUCCAAUAUACUGAAAUUUAGUUUAAAUAUCACUUCCUGUCUAAGAAACUAAACUGGGAUUAUACAUGAUACAUUGCCAAUCUACAUAUCCAGCUUUAUAUUUUCACAUCUGAGGCACCAAAAUAUAAGGUCAUUUUUUAAAAAGCUAUGUUUAUGUUGAAUAAAACAAUCCAGAGACAUCAACUGCAACAACUUUUAGAAUACAAAAUAUACCCUAUUUGGAACAUACAUUUUAAUGUGAGGUGCAAUUGGCAAAUUGUGUGCUCUGAUUUUAAUCCUACUGCAGCCCAUCUAUGAUAAAAAGCAUGACAGAAGGAAAUCUAAACCUGCUUUGAUGCCUAAAUGCAAAUAAAGAACUAUGUAUACACAAUGAAGUGUAUAAACAUCUUAAAGAUACUCCAACUCAUUUUGUUUCUUUUCUACUUUGUAACUUACAAUGUGAAAAAGGCUGGUAAAUGGGAAUGAAGCAAUGAAGAUUAUCCUUGAAAUUUGUGAAAACAGCAAAGCUUUGGGCUUCUGGUGUUAAACCAUUGAAACAGAAUUUUAACACUGUAUAUAAUGAAAUGACACCUUGAAGAGGUUGAUUUAUUGUGACUAAAUAAAACACAACAGAGCAUGAA